AGUAGUGGUGGGAAUGGAUCAGAACCGAAGCGUUACCGUCUCGUCAGUCGGCCCGGAAACGCGGAGAGCUCGUUCUCGAUGCGCGAGCGCGCGUGCGUUCCGUCGCGAGGACUUUCUCUACACGUGACUCGUCCUUUUUAUUAUUUCUUUAGCCAUCGCGAGGUGGGUGUAUACCGGUCCACAGCGAAUGUGCGAGGAGGGAGUAAAACCAGGAGGGAUUAUAAUUAUAGAGAGUGCGUCGAAAUGGCAAGUGCGCGUCAAUGUUUGAGUUUAUGUGCGUGUGCGUGCGAGUGAAAACCGACCAAAGUAUAUUAUUUCGUGGAUACGAGAAUGGUCAGCUUCAAGAGCAACAACGUGACCAGCGAACAACCAACGUCACAUUGUCAGGUGACUGGAGUUCGACGACCUUCACCGAAUCAUUUUCAUGAUCAUCGAUCUAGUCAUUCGCACAGACAUGAAGCGCUGUCGGUCGCUUAUCGUUCUCCACCACCCUUACGACCGUCGUUAUCGCCUUCGCUACCAACACCAUUGGCAUCAGCAGCAACAGCAGCAUCACUACCAUCGCCGCCAUCACCACCACCACCACCACCACCACUACCACCACCACCGUCGUCAUCAUCAUCGUCGAGCGUCGAUCCUACAGCGGUGCAGCGCGGUUGCGCCUUGCAUUCGAGGCUCGAACACCCGGUGACCACGUCCAACCCCGGGAUGGACGGCAAGAAGAUCGUCCAAGCGACAACGGCAGUCGUAGCGGUGGGCCAGGUGCGCAACAAGAACAACGAUGCUACGGGAUUAGCGGCUUCCGUUUCCGGAAUCCGUCGACGAAGCGGACCCCAAGGAUUGCGAUCGCCCGCUGCGAAAAGACCCCUAUCAGCCCCGGUUGCCCUGCAGGGCUGGUUACACAAGCAGGGCUCCGAAGGACUCAUGCUUUGGAAGAAACGCUGGUUCGUCUUGUCGGAAUAUUGUCUUUUCUAUUACAAAGGUCCAGAGGAAGAGAAACUCCUGGGUUCGAUACUCCUGCCUUCGUAUAGGGUUACCGUUUGCAGACCCGAAGACAAGGUCAACAGGAAGUUCGCCUUCAAGGCUGAGCACGCGAACAUGAGGACUUACCACUUUGCCGCGGAGAGCCGUGAAAGCAUGAAUCAAUGGGUAAACGCGCUCACUCUGGCGACCCUUCUGCAGGAUCCCAGUCCCGGAAGGGGCGAAGCUGCCGUGGUCAUAGAGAUAGGAGGACAACCGGAUGGUGAACGAAGCGCUAGACCAAGCGUUUCUUCGAUCUCCUCCGUAUUGAAUCAAAGUGCCGACGACAGUGACUCCGGCUUUCACGGUUUUCUAUCCCGAGACGAUCCCAGUCACGCGUCCAACAACAAUUCCAGCCCUAACAGCGUCAAUACUGCCUCCUUCCCGAAUCUUAGUGGGAGUAACGGUAACGGAAAUGCCAACAACAACAAUCUUAAGGACGUUCAGCACGUACCCAAUGGUUGGCCACAACAGUCCCCUCAAUACGGUCAAUCAGGCUCGUCGCAACAUCAACACUCGCAGUACUGUUUCUCUGAACAUUCUGUUUCUCAACAAGGUCACUCUCAUCAACAUCAAGCAAUGUUGCAUCAGCCACAUCAGAAUGUCCCUCAGGUUUAUCAGCACAAGCAGCAACAGCACCAGCAGCAACAGCAGCAACAGCAACAGCAACAGCAACAGCAACAACAACAACAACAACAACAACAACAACAACAACAACAACAACAACAACAACAACAGCAGCAGCAGCAGCAGCAGCAGCAACAACAGCCACAUGUUGGUCAGAUUAAUGUGCAAGCUGCCCAAUCUACGCCUCGAAAAUUUGGUCAGCCUAUAUACGCCAACGCACCGCCGAAACCCAGGAGGCUAACCGACGGAUCCAAUGAGUAUUCCACUCCUUCCCCUGAGCCAGGUUAUCGAAGAUCUCCUGUCUCGCCAGACGUUACCCUAACCAGCAAAAGUCCCAUGUCCGAUUACGAUAGGAACAGCAUCAUUUAUGCUACCGGAAUGAAUCAGCCGUCGCAACAAAGUUUAAGGACGGACAAGUCUGGCUUGAAUUAUGGUUAUUGUCAAGUGCAAUCAACCGAAAGACGUACUCCUGACACUUACGGACGAAGUGCGAAGCCUAGACUCAACAGAGGAAACGGCGACUACGAAGAGGUGUAUGGUAUACCUCAGCUUUAUCAGCGACCAGCUGGACCUGUUGUUGGAUAUACCAAGGGAAAUGCACCAGCUCCCAUACCUAUUCCCACUUACGCGCAACAUCAGCAGAUGCAUCAACAACAGCCACAAAUUCAUUCGCCAGUAACGCCGCCCAAUGUUCCCAUAAUAAGACAGCCAAUGGCCCAUCAACUACCACCACCGCGACCUCACAGUGCCGAUUUUCUCGAGUACGAAGCAGCAAGAAGACCUCAGCAACAAAAUCUUGCGCAAAACGAAGGUUCUUUGAGUCAACAGAAACGCCCCCAAAGGCCUAAGUCGAGUCUAGAUAUAAUGAACCCAUCGGAUGCGACUAACGAUGGUUAUUAUUAUUCCGAGGAAAGAUACGCUGCACAAAUGCGUCAAUCAGCGGUGUAUCUCCAUCAAACGCCUCAGCAUCAUCAACAACAAAGAAACCAAUCGCUAUCGCGGGCCACCGUACCAUCAAAGAUACCGACGAUCCAUGAUAGAAACGGUGAUAUUAGAAUGGCUACUUUGCCCGAUUCUUCUUGUUCCACUUUGAGACGUUUGCAGCGAGAGCAUACCCAUCAACAUAAUAUAUCUGGUCAAACGUUGCAAAGACAUAAUGAAUUGUCCAACCCAGACGCAAAGAUGAGAAGAUCUUUACGUGAAAAGAUCUACGAAUCAAGUGCUCGCAAUACAUUGACACGCGAGUACGAAUCGUCGAUGAGUUGGAACAGAUCUUCCUCUCAUUCUAAUCAUGGAAUUAAUACGGCACAGUCGUGUCAGUCCGCUCAUAGCGGAGCCAAACGAUGGGUCGAACAGCAACAGCAACAGCAACAGCAACAACAACAACAGCAACAACAACAACAGCAGCAGCAGCAGCAACAAUUUUAUAGAUCUGCAUCGGCACGUUUGCCAAGGUCCCGACAUCCUGCCGCUUUGGACCAAGACGAGGAUGAUUACGGUGGACGGUCUUCCGCGGAACAAGAUACUCGCGAUGGCGAACGAAAAAUUCAACAGCGAGAAGAGUCAAUGAAGCGUUUGCUGGAGUGGAAACAACGCAUGUUACAAUCUCCCCUAACGCGAAAACCAUCCGGAUCGUUGAAUCGGAGCAGAGCACAGAACGAGCUGUCGAAUUAUUAUAAACAGCAAGCUCUUCUAGACCUGGCAGCUCACGAAGCUUCGGUAACAGAAGCUCGUCAUUCGCGAAGAAAGGAGGAAAGCCACAGGUCACACGUUAGAAGCAAAAGUUCCGAUGGUCGAAGAACCGUCACUUCCGUGUCACGAUACAACAGUUACUCGAGCGACGACGAAGAGAUGGGAGACGUUCGAAGAAAACGAACGCGCAGGCCCUCGCAUGCAGGAAGGAGCCCCCGACAUGCCGGUGACGAUCGUUCGUCCACGUCGACUACCCAAGAGAACGGAAGGGCGGCGAUACAAGGAAGCGUACGUACGAACGUUCCAGCGUUAUCAUCGGCGCAGUUAGGACAGACGAAUAUUCGAUCGAGGAACGAAAGUAAAAUACAUUUCAACGGCAAGACCUCCCUGGCAAGUCCAUCAAGUAUACCGCCUGACGCCGGUUACGAGGAAAUAAGUUUCCCACCGAUGUCAAGGGAGACACGUACGGAUGCGUACCUCGUCACGUCCGAAAAUAUCCGAUCUAAUAAAAUAGCGGAACGACGUCUCGAAUGUGGACAUUUCAACGAGGCUCAGCGUAAGCACCAGACGACGUUAUUGAAAAAAUCAACGGGUAUAUUAAAGUCUUCUAGCCUAUACGAGAUCGACGAACGGUCGACAACAAUCAACGUUGCAAUUGGCAACGUUGAAAUGUAUAGUAAUACGAACGAUUAUGUCCCCGCGGAUGCGUGGCCUUCCGUUCAUAAGUGCGUUCAAUGGGAUUCCAAUGAGGAUAAGGAUAAGGAGGAAUGGGAUUCCAAUAUAGACGAGAGCAAACUCAUCAAGGAAUUUUCUUAUCAGUAUAUAAAGCCAAAACAGGUCGAGCGGGCCGAAGAGGCUUGCGGGAAAGUGGUGGAGGAUCGUUCGUUAAAUACGAUCGAAUCUACGAAUCUCGUACAGUCGAGGAUAAGAUCGUUCGAAUCAAACGCGGAAAAUGGUAGUCCCGUUAAGGAGAUGCUUACCAUGCAGGAAGCAUUGAAAGCUUCGCCGGUCGAGACGUCCAUCGAGGCACAUGUUUCGAGAUUGGACUCGUCGAGAAAAACAUCUUCGAUUAUUCGCAGCUUUGCUUUGGGCGAGAAUACGAAAGGAGGAAAUGAUUCUGGCGUCUCGCAAUUGAAGAAGGACGGACACGCAAAGCAAGCGUCUACCGACAGCAACAAGUCAGUGAAGGAUCUCUUGGCGGAUUUCGAACGAAAGUCUCAACGGGUCCGUAAAUUGGAGGAAUGUGAGGAAGUUAAGCAUCGAGGAGUUUUCAGCGACACGGAAACCCUUCUCUACGAAACCGGGAGCGACUUUGACCAGCAAGAUAAGAGCGAGGAAUGCGAGGAACAACAACAACAACAACAACAACAACGGACCGACGAAAUGUUGCUCCCAGAUCAAUCGAACGAGGUGGAAACGUAUUUGAGCACGUUGAAAAUAAAAAAAUCUCUAUCUCAGACGAGACAUAGAAGUAACAAAUCCUCUGUUGGCGAUUUUGAACAAAGAACAGUAGUCGAGGAGUCGUCGUCGUCAUCAUCACCGUCGUCGUCGUCGUCGUCGUCAUCGUCGUCGUCGUCGCCGUCGUCGUCGUCAUCGUCGGCCCAUUGUCGAAUCGUCAAUGGUAAUUCGUGUCGCACCAAGAAAAUACGAGAAUCUGCUACGACGACGAAUACGGAAUAUCCGUUAAUGCACGAGCAAAUCAGAAGGUUUCCCGUCGAGGAAGGCGAAGGCGUCGUUAUCGAAGAAGGCGAUUCGUCGAUACAAGAGGAUUUAAUACCGGAGGAACAUUAUCUUCCGAUGACCCCAAGAAAAGCGAUUUUAGAUCCGAACGAGGAUGACAGGCCUAAUUCGAAAAUGAUGGAAAGUCUUUUCGCUAAUUUAGAGCAUGAGGAGAGCUCUUACGUCGAGAUGGCGCAGAACAAUGUAAGCCAUUCGCUUUUGGCUCCUAGGAAGGAAACGAACGAGGAUCGUGAUUCCGGCGAUUAUUCGACCCUGGACGCUUCGCAUUACGAAUUUGUCUGCGUUUCUGACAGCAAGAUCGAACCGGUUUACAUGGAAGUUAGCCAGUUAUCGGAGAAGGAAGAAAGAGACGACGAUGGGAUCUCGUCUAAGACGUCGAAGGUACGAAAGAACGAUGAGAUUGGACGCAACGGGACUAAAUCGGAUCUCCCGGACAUUUUGACGACUCUGAAAUCGGACAGUUCCGACGCCGACGACGAAUCUUCCAAGGAUUUCGAUUCUAUAGAUGCACCAAGACAUCCACGAUUUAGUCUUUCGGAUACAUUCCGACCUGCCUCCUAUUACUUGGGUGCCAGUCGUACGAUGAUAGCCGAAUUGCACGAUUCCUCCGACAGCGAACUCGUCUCCCCGCCUCCCAUUCCUACUUCCCCGCCGCCGUUAGAGGACUUGGAUUCUUUGCAAGAGAUGCAAGAUUCCUUGGAAAUUAAAAAGGUGGCAUCGCCUCAGGUAGCCGUGGUCACUAAGGAAAACGUAACGAGCGUGGAUUCUCCAAAGUCGUGGAACAGAUCGGAUCACGGGGACAGAGAUCAGAGAUCGCCGUCGAGGCUAUCCGAAAUGUCGGGGACCAUUAGUUCGACCUUUCGAGACAGUAGGAUGUCGUUGGAGAGCGCAAGCGGUAGCGAUUCGGUUUCGGUAGUAGAGCUUAGAAGUCCGGAAGAGGAGGCGGCGAGGCAUAGACAAUUAAAGAGGAGACCAGUCAGCGACGAAGUUUGCGAGGUUUUGGAUAGUCUCGACGAAUUGGAAUCUAUUGAGAGUCGUUUCGAAGUGGAUGGUGCCAGUAUAGAUCUCGACCGUUAUCUCGAGGAAUUGCAAGCGCGCGAUGCCUUUAACGUGGAUCUCUACGCCAAGGAUUUGAGUUACAACAGUAUCUAUGGUUUCAACGAGAACAUGUUGGUGGUCGACAAGCUACAAAAGACUACUUGUCAAGAUCUUUCGAGGAAAAUUAAGACUUUUAAUUUCGGACAGCCCCUUCGUUACGACAACAGAAACAAGAAGAACGGUUCAGCAAGUAGCCUGCCAUCUAUGAGAGUUUGCGAGGUGCCGCUUGUGCCGUCCCAUCAGCACUCGCAAUCCUACACGGGGGACGCUCAUUACGAGAACAUAUCGAGUUUCUUGCCAUUGAGAAAUUCACCUAGCGUACGUUCGGAUCCUUCGAGCGAGCAACGAUCGCGAGACGACAGAGCUACGCUCACGAACGAGGACGAGCCGACGGAGCUAUGCCGUAACAAAGACUCGAGUUGUUCCUUGAGACCCGCUGAUGGACGAUCCUCGACACGCUCGAUAGCCCCCUUCGAUUCUUCCGCUUAUUCUUCUUCUUCUUCGGGAAAUCAUCUCGGGAACGAUCUCGUCCAAAAUCCAACACAGACGACCAAUAAUUCAUCGUACGGCGAGCAAAUGACGUCGAAUCGUUAUCCAAACGUUUUAACCAAUCACAGAUCACCUACCACCUCCGAUCACGUUCAGCAUCCAUCUCCGAUCUCCUCGUCGUCGUCGUCGUCGUCGUCAUCGUCGGUAAAAUCCAAUUCAUAUUUACCGUAUUUAAACGGUCCCGAGGAACGCGUUCACGGCGAUCAAUCCGGAGCCCCGUACUAUUACUCGGACCUUCGCGGCACCGUACGAGGUAACAACAACAACGACGAGAGGCCGUCCAUCGUUCACGGUGGUCAUGUCUCGAGGCUGCCGCAAUUGAACAACCAAAGAGACGAUGCGUCGGCUAUGAACAAGAGGAACGACAUCGGUCGUAUAGUGAAUCCGAUAGCUAGGCAAGUUCCCAGACAGAUUCAAGUCGAAGGCAUCGACGAGGCCAGACGUAUUGCCGCAGAGCUCAGGAAAACUACUUGUCGAUUGUUGAGCGACAACAAAGCCGACUUGGUGGAUAAAAGAAAUUUUUACGAAGCCGACACCCUUCGGAGAGUGAAAUCUAACGAUCCUCUACCAGACGCAUCCUUGGCGGAAGUUAGUACGAGAAAUCUUUAUCCCCACGGAUUGCGGGAUAAAACAGCCGACGGGGCCCGUUUGAAUACGACGGACGACACGCAGCCGGACGAGGCGCCUCUCCUCGUUCAAGCUUCGCAUCGGAGAUCUAGAUCGUUAGAGGGACUUUUAGAUGACGUUGGUCUUCAAAAUCUUGUCGAACAAAGAAAUCGGGCGAAUCGUUUGUUAGCCUUAUCGACUAGGCAAGCCGAGGAACGCGCCCGAAAUCUCUCCGCUCAAGUAGAUUGGUCGCAAACAACUACUUCGAACGAUUUUAACGUCUUGGAUCCUUGGGAACAGGAUUCCCUUUGGCGCGAAAAUCUUCGUAGAGCAAGCUUACGUAACGCCAGAUCAUUGGACAACUUGGAGAGUCAGGACGCUGGAUCAACGGCCGUAGGUUCCUCUUCUUGUCCCGAUGGCAAAACUCGUCCUAAGAUCACGCGAGGUGCUACUUACGUGAACGACAGCAUGGCGAUGCGAAACGACAACGACUCGUCGUCGACUUUGGAUAGGCCGCGAGUCAAGCGAAGGAUCAACAACAAGCCCGAAGAGCUUGCCGUUCUUGAGACUCGUGAACCGACGAAUUCUCCUCUCGUCUCUUACAGUACUUGGGAUUCUCCGACCGAGGAAGUAUAUAGAAAAGAAUGUCCCUCUACUGAGGUACAAGACGGUCAUUUUUUAGCGGAAGGCAACCUUCCCUCGACGCGAGCGACGAGGGACUUACGUCCGUCGUCGGGGGCUUGCGUGGCGAGUCGCCCCGCGAAUUCUGCCACGAAUUCAGCCUCGUUCGAGUUGGAUCGCGAAAAGUUGCGACAAUGGGACCUACUGUCGAGCGCCUGCUUGCUCCAGGAACAGCAGCAAAGUACUACGACGACAGUGGAGUCGGGGCGAGGGUUGCCAAUUGUCGAUCGGUUUGGACUUGUCAUCGAUUCGAAGAACAUGCCCGUGACUACUACCAUUUCGACGACGACGACGACGACGACGACGACGACGACGACGACGUCGACGACGACGACGACGACGACGACAUUGACGACAUUGACGACAUUGACGACAACGACGACAACAUUGACGACAACGACGAGCAGCAAUGCCGGCGACGUGACUGUCGCGGAGGCAUUGAAGAUUACGAUAUCGGAAACAAUCGAUAAUAAGAGCGAUCCAACGUCGUUUCUUAAGGAACGUCAUCGAAGCUCGACGGCUUCCUUGGAGGCAUCAAAAAGACGAGAAGCGAUCGAGACGAUAGACUCGCGUAACCGGGCUCCAGCAUCCGGAUCUGGAUCGGUAAUAGGAAGAGAUCCACUUCCGCCGAGAGCAGUUAGCACGUCUCAUUUGCCCGAAAGAACUCUAACUCAGCCACCGGCUGUGGAAUCGACGUUGUCAUCGACCUUACCAUUACCGCGAAGCACCAGUGGUCAUUGUCAGCAGCAUUUUCCUAUUCAUCGAUCGAGUUCGCAGGAGCAGCAACAGCAACAAGAAGAGCAACGAUUGCAGGCUGCCGAAUCGCAAAUUUUGCGGGCCUCCAGUAACGGGGAUAUCGGAACUAGCCUAGCACAAAUUAGUAACAAUGAAAUGAGGAAUUUAAAAAUGUCAUCGCCAAAUGGUCAUCCGACUCAAAGAUUGCACUCGUCUACCGGACAUUUAAGAGUAAUGGAUUUGAGCGAACAUCGAAUUUCGAGUCCGAGCGAUAAUGAAAUUCAAGUUCACAGUCCAAUUGAAAGGAAAGUCAUUGGCUCGAUUGGUAUAGACAUGAACCGAGGUGGUGGUAGUGGGGUAAACAUCAGAGGGAAUCAACGGAUACGCGAGAGCACGGAACUACUUCACAAAAGGAGCAACGUUAAUUUGGCCCACCAAAGAAGAAUAGCUGGUGGUUCACCGACAGCAACGGCGGCGGCGGCGGCGGCGGCGGCAGCAACGGCAACAGCAACGGCAACGGCAACGGCGGCGGCAACGGCGGCGGCAACGGCGACGGCGACGGCGACGUCGACGCCGACGAUCACGCCAACGCCAACUCCAACUCCAACGUUAACUCCAACGCUAACACCUACACAGAUUGGAACGAAUGAUCUUGUUCGGGUCUCUGCUGGUGAACUCCUCGGAAGGACGCACGAAGAACUGGUUCUGUUGCUUAUUCAACUACGUAGGCAGAACGCGACCCUUCUCAAGGCCAUGGACAAUUGUAACAUGGAAAUUGAGGCUCAGGCAAGAUUGACAGAAUUGGACACACCAAGGCGUUUGGAGAAUCUUCAAAAACUCGAAGAGUUAAAGAGACACCUAAUGAAUCUUGAAAAGCAGUACGAGAAAGGGAAGCCUCUGAUAAAUCUCGUCGACAACAUGGUCAAGCUCGGCUCUUUAUACAAUCGUAAUACCGCUAAUGGAAGUAGCAGCAUAACAUCUUCUCGUAACGAUUUAUUCCAAGAGAAUACGAAAAAUCAUCGCGAUCGUUUGGAAUUUAAUCAAAGAGUACAAGAACAACGUUUGCUGGCCGAAGAACGCAGAGAUUGGAAUAGACUCAGUCCAGAUCAUGGACAAUUGCAGGCCAAGGUGCAGCAGUUGUACAAACUGGACCGAUUACUUCAGGAAGAGUCAGGUACCCUUCAUAGCCUUCAACAGGACAAGGAGAUUCUAGAAAAAGCUCUUGGAGGCUUGCGACACAAAUUGCAAGGCAGCAGAAGCAACUUGAUUGAAGCAGAACGCUACAGGAAGCAACAACUUUUAUUGGAACGCGAAUUGAGCAGAGUCAGAGUACUAUUGGCACACAAUUCCAAGGUAAAGCCGGUAUUCUCAGGUCAGAAACUGGAAGAAACCGUAGCAGAAAAUGCCAGAUUAGAGCAAGAUUUGGUAGUCCUAAGGCAAAAAUUGCAAGCUUCUAAAAGAUACGCUGGUAAUAUGAGUAGAGACCCAUCAGCUACAACGGCUCCUUUGGAAAUGGAAUUGAGAAGAGUUCAACAAUUGGUUGGUGAUCUUCAAAGGCAGAGAAAAGAGCUCAGUGUUCAGGUUCAACAGCUCACCGAAAAGUCUCACAGUUUGGUACAACAAAUUCGACCACAAUCAUCUCCUGCUCCGCCUGUUCAUCAUUCAAAGAAACGCAAUCAAAACUCUUGGCUGGAAACCGAUUUAGAUUCCGGGAUUACUCUUGAUCACGGCCUUGGCUCACCGGUGAGUCCAUCACUGUUAUCCUCGGCACAUGGAAAACAAAACCUGGAGAACCCUUAUCGUCGAUACGCGUCACCAACGCAACACAAGAAGUCACCAUCGCCAAAUCGGCAACACGUCGAACAAUCUUCUGUACAAAGCUCGCAUAACCAUAUCUCAAGCUUGUCACCGCAAUUACGGGAACAAAUUCAGCAACAUCAAUUGAAGCAACAAUUGCUGAAAGAUCAAAUGCAGGGAAAGGGCAGUUUGAUCCAGAUUAAUGUUUCUCCAUUGUACGUCAAUACCGAGUCCAGAAUUCAAGAUACAAGCAAAAGCAACGAAAGCGGGAACCAAACGAAUAGUGGUGGGCCAAAUAUUUUACCGGAAUACAUUCCACCACCACCGAUUCAUCCUUUUAAUGAAGAAACAUCUUUAACGAAUGACAAUUACAAGCAAAACGAAGAUAACAAAUUUGCAGGUUUGUUGCACAAUCGAGAGAAACAAGAAAUAAAGACCGUCAGGAUCGUUAAACGGGAAUCCGAGAGACGCCAAAGGGAUCGAGGAGAUAGAACCGGUAAUAUUGGAAUUCCAUUAACGAACGGACUUCAAGCGCCUGGCGUAGCAAAAAGGUUGUCCGACGAUGACGUUGGUGCUAUACAGAAAUUCGAAAAGCCCCAGUUGGGUAAAGUCGUUGAAGAAGUACCGAUCGUUCACGCUCAAAGUACUGUACACCUGACCGAGCUUGACGACGUACAAUUCCAAAGAAGUAUGUCUCUUCCACGAGGAUUUGGUGGUCAGCGACAUCAGCCGAGUGUUCAUCAUGUUCCUGUUGCUCCACCACCUCGCAGCGAUAGCAUGCAUGCUCUUAGAACGAUCAUGAUGCGAAGACACAAAGUUAAGUUUGAAAAUCACGACGGAAGCUCCGAUAGCACAUUGUCACCGUACAUCGAUAGCCCUACGUCGAGUUCGCAGAUGCCAAUUAGCACGUCAAACUACUCAACGAGUCCACCUUAUAGCCCAAGCCAUCAGAAUUAUCAUCCUGGACAAUCGAUAUCGAAGGGAUUCAAUCAACAACAACAACAACAACAACAACAACGAUACUACUCGCUGCACCCGCAAUACGGACAAUACGAGAAUUUCACGUCAUUCGCAAAAAAUUCAAUAGCAUUGAGCCCAGAACCGAUCUCUCUUAACAAUUUCGGUGGCGUACCUCCAGAUAGGUCGACAUUUGGGUCGAUCGUUAAUGUGAAUAGCGCCUCGGAUUCCCCACAAUUGUCGCCUGUAUUCAAGAGCGAGGCCGCAAAGCAGAUCAUUAAAGAGAUGACUGAGAGAAAAGUCGACGGACCCAGAAGAAGACAGGUUCCGAAAGAAAAGAGAAGACACUACACCGUUUCUAGUAGCAAACCCGUUCUAGAUCUCGAAGACAGCUUCUCUAGGAUGGGUAUGGGUAGAGCAAGAGACGACUUGGACAUGGAACAGGCUCUCAGACCUAGGAUCAAUGCUCCGGACGUCGUAAGAUCGACUUUGAGUCACAAGGAGUUGAAAUAUAAUGAGAGUACGAUCGAUCAACUGUUGGGCACUCCAAAUAAGAUCGUCAUUCCUGAACGUUAUAUACCUGAACAGACGCCAGAAUUAACGGCGGAGGAGCAAGAGCAACGUUUGAAGAAAGCGGAGGCCAUAAGGAAGAUGCUUUCUGAAACGACUGUCACUGCACCCGAUGGAACCGACGACGACAUCGAUCUCGAUAAAUCGGACACGUUGAAAAGAAAAGUAGUCGAGGAGAAACGACAGAGAGAACAUAUUCUUCAGCUCAAUCAAAUUCUUGCGAAGCAAGUGAUGGAGAAAAGUAAAAUGGUGGCCGUCAAGGCACUGGCUACGCUUCCAUUGAAGACUGAAUCGAGUAUAGAUGACGAGGACCUCUCUCCUGUCACACCGUUGCCGCUCUAUCAGCAAAGAGAAAACUAUUACUCCUAAAUACAUCUGGAUGAAAAAUCUGGAUAUAUCGUUUCUUUCUGCUCACAACGAUAACGAAAAUGGAGAAUUUCUGCUUGUCGAUGAAGAAGAGAAAGAGAAAUGGGAAGAAAAAGAAAAAGAAAAGAAGAAGAAAAAAAAGAAGAAGAAACAGAUGCACAAUCAUUAUACUACUGCCAAUGAAACGCGCGAAACAAGGAAAGAACAUUGUUACGAUGGAAAUUAUAAGAGAAUACAAUAAAUAAGAAGGAAAAAGAAAAAUAAUGUUUGAGAUUCGUCGAGAUCGACGAUCGAACGAAAUGUGCUUUCUAUUUUUUUCUUUUUUUUUUCUAUGUUUUGAUUUAUUUCUUUAAUAACAUUAAUAUUAUAUAAAAAAUGAUAGUGUCGAUGUACGAAACACCAUUAAAAUAUGUAAUUUAGAAUAUCAGUAUGGGACCGCGGCGAAAUGAUAGCCAAGAAAUAAAUAAAUGGAAAAUAAUAAAAUGCGUACGUCGAACGAGCUUUUCGGCGAGCUUAGAUAAUUAGCAAUAAUCGUAGGUAUUAAGGUACAAUAAUCGCACAACAUACUUCUCUUUGGGAAUAAAUCUGAACGAGAUAUUUGUAGUUGCCAUAAAAAUAUGUACUCGUAUAUUGAAUUUCCCGUAGGAUUCUUCAAAGAGGAAAAUGUUUCAUUUCAAAUCGAACAUCGUUGCGUUUCGUUCAUAUUUACAAUACAACGCCAUCGAAUUGAUCGUACAAAUCGAAUUGAUUUCUUCAUUCGCGACAGGACAUUUAGUAUAAAUAAAAACAAUAUCCCAAGAAAAAAAAAACGAUAAAACGGAGUGCCAAAAGUCAGUGCGAUUAAAGCGCGGGUGCUACGACACUAUUGUCAAUUACAGAUAAAUCGUAAUUGCGUUAGCGCAGAAACGAAAAAUCAUUGGCGAAGACAUUCGAAUAAUAAAAAAAAAAAUAUGUCGAGCCUCUCUCUGCCAAGGUUCUUUUUAUAAGCGCGUUAUUAUGAUACUAUAUACGUACGUACGCGCGCGCACGUAUGUAUUUGGAUAUGUAUGCAUGUAUGUAUACACACAUAUAGGGAUACAUUAUAUAUAUAAAUAUAUACAGAGGCGUACACUUUGUGCGAACAUGUAUUAUUAUGACGCGACUGUACAUAACAAGACUAUUAGAUACGCAAGUGCGUAGCAGGUGUGAAUUUGUGUGUGUGUGUGUGUGUGUGUAUAUAUAUAUUAUAUGUACACACACACACACACACACAUAAUAUAAAAUAUAAAAUAAAAUAGAUAAGAAAAGAAAGGCCCCUUGAAAAGUACGGCCCUAAAUUUGAUGAAAAGAGCAAAAAGAUGUUCCUUCGUCGAUGUGCUGGCCUUCCGUCGACGCUGAUGGAUAUUCGCGAGUUUUAUCGUUUGGUUAGAUGGCACUUUAAUAGAUACAUACAUAUGUUAAAUCAACGGUGCGAGACUUCUUAUAUUACGUAUGUAUUACACGUAAGGUAACCGAGAUCUUUAUUGGAGGGCUCGUUAAAUAGUCAUUGCGUCAAACGCGGUAUACGAGAAGCGAAACAUAUGUAUCCGAUUACCGUGACCGCAAAGGAAACAAAUCACUGUUAUUGUUAUAUCAAUGAAAUAAAAUUAAUAUGAUGAAUAA